AUGAACUCCGAUGCUAGUUUGAUUACUGCGCUCGUAGAGCGGUGGCGACCCGAGACGUCGACCAUCCAUAUACCGUUUGGUGAGAUCACGAUCACGUUAGAGGACGUUGUUACACUGUCCGGUCUGGCGAUCGACGGUGAUGCCUUCGUAGUUGAUAUACCGGAUGAGGAGUGGUCGGAGAUCUGUUUGAGACUGUUAGGACGGGUUCCAGUUGAUCUUUCAGGCGGUGUCGGUGUACUUUUCCUGGAUCGGUCUGGAGCAACGGUGCACCUACAGUACCUACUUCUGAUUGAGGAUUGGCAGAGAGCUGGACAGUUCCCUGGGGAGCUGCUGUUUUAUCCUACUUGUACUGUGAAAUGGCUUUUGGCCAACAGUCGUCAGUAUGGUGACCAGCUAUUCCAGUACAAGCUGUGGUUUGACGCGAUGGACACCGUGGUGUGGCAACCUUACCUUGAGAGAGCACUUCAUCUCAGAGGUAGUGUGAUACAGUCUGAGACAUUUCGAGCAGUAAUGCCACUUAUCUGCUUUUCAUCGGUGAUGUGGCAUCAUCUAGACCACGUGCUCCGGCAGUUUGGCAUGAGGCAGCAUGAGCCUCAUCCGCCACAUCCUGAGGCUGAGGUUAGGUUUUUUCUUCGUCAGACUACUAAUGGGCCAUCGCGUGGGCAGCAGUUGAUAGACGCCUCCAGAGAGUCGCUUGCUUUCUGGAACCGUCGACACGAGUUCGUAGCGACGACUCCAUACACUGAUGAGGAGUUAGCCUACCACUCGGAGCAUAUCGAGUGGUAUAGAGAUGUCACCAGGCGUUCCGGCACACGGAGAGGAGAUGCACGGGAGGUAUUGUACGACACUAUUGAGCAUGCUGAGUGUGAUUUUACGUGAGGGUGCACGGAGUGGAGGGUUGACCCCCGACCAGUGUGAGGACUUGGCCAACAUUAUGGCAUCCGGGGUUGCAACUCUAGGUUUGGAGUGGCGCAGACACCCUGAUCUCACAGUACCUGUGCAGCCCCAGUAUGAUCAGUCUGUCAUGACUGCCUGGCCAGAACGUACUGAUCCGACACCGGGCUGGGUCGUCCCAGAGCCACAGUUCAGACAUGAGCAUAGUCCACGUAGACA